AUGAAAGCUCUCCAAUUGAGCUGGGCGCCAACAGCAAUCCCAGAAGGGCAUCGUGCUGAAGGAGACAUUGGCAUUAGCAAUGAUGAUGAUGAUCCAUUACAAACACCACUAGGAUUUGACACUAGUAAAGUUGCAAGCAGGUCAAUCAAUGAUGACCCAUUGAUGACACCUGUACAUCUGCGCCAUCCGCCGCUUCGUCUUUUAUUGGAUCAAGAGGAUGAAGAGUCUUUGCUGCGGAAUCCACUGUUCAUUCAGGGUUCAAGCACCUCAGUCGACAUGACCGCAGCUCACGCACCACCAAUUCAUGCUUUAGCGGUUAUUGAUGAGCCUGUCACGGCGGAGAACUUGGAUGCCAUCCCUGUUCCAGCACCAGGCACCGUGCUACAGAGAGCCAUAGCUUUGCCAGAAGACCAUAGCUCUGCCUCAUCUUCACCUCCAUCGAUAACCAGCGCCAUAACUUCUCCCGACUCACCGAUGCUUAGCAGUCGGGCCGAGGCGCUCCGCAGACAAGCAUGGUCACAUGAAACGAGAAGGAAAGAUUUGAGGAUACGUCUCAAUAAGGCCGUCCAGCAGCAGGACCGGGCCCAAGAGUUCAUUCUGAAGCAAGAAAUCGACGAUUGCACUCGAGAAAUAGACAAAUUACACGAGCGGGCAGCGCGACGACAUUACCACGCACGCAAUCGCUCACUACAGCCUAACCCGAUACGUACUAUCGACUUGCAUGGGCUGUUGACUUCAGAGGCUGUAAUCAAGACGGAGAAAGCCUUUAAAGCAGUCCUUGAAGAAGGCGGGAAUUCUCUGCGUGUUAUCGUUGGCAAGGGACUACAUUCCAAACAGAGGAAAGCGAAGUUGAAGCCUGCAGUUGAGAAGGCGAUGAUAGGUCACGGAAUUACUUGUGCUGAGGAUAAGAAGAAUGCAGGCGUCCUGAUCAUUUCGACGCCAGCAACUUGGAGGAUUUAG